CUCUCCCCCCCCCAAAAAAAAAAAAAAACCAUCUCUCUCUCUCUCUCUCUCUCUGUCUUCGUAGUAUUAAAAAGCCAAAGACACUAACAAGUAAACCAACAUAAGCAAAGCAGAUAAGAAGUAGGAAGCAAAAACAAAAAGAAAGGCUGCUCUGCUCUUCACUCAGAAAGAGAGAGAGAGAGAGAGAGUGUGUUUGGUUGUAGGUGAUCAAUAUCAAAACAUGGAACAGGAAUUGUUAUCCUGGGCCAAGCUAGUUCUGAUCAGUUUGAUUGUGUUUGCUUUGGCAGUGAAGGUCUUUGUGCUCCUGUGGUGGAGACCUAGAAAAAUUGAAGGCCAUUUCUCAAAACAAGGGAUUAGAGGUCCACCUUACCAUUUCUUCAUUGGAAAUGUCAAAGAAGUUGUGGGAAUGAUGCUCAAAGCCUCCUCUCAACCUAUGCCUUUCUCUCACAAUAUACUCCCAAGAGUUCUCUCUUUCUACCAUCACUGGAAGAAAAUCUAUGGUGCACCAUUCCUUGUGUGGUUCGGACCCACCGUUCGUCUCGCCGUCGCCGAUCCCGACCUCAUUCGAGAAGUUUUCAGUUCCAAGUCCGAACUCUACGAAAAGAAUGAUGCCCAUCCACUGGUUAAACAGCUUGAAGGUGAUGGACUUUUAAGCCUCAAAGGUGAAAAAUGGGCUCACCAUAGGAAAAUCAUCGCCCCUACCUUUCACAUGGAGAAUCUCAAAUUAUUGAUACCGGUGAUGGGAAGCACUGUGGUGGAAAUGGUGGAGAAGUGGUCGGCAUUAAUGUCGGAAUCUGGCGAGGUAGAAAUUGAAGUCUCAGACUGGUUUCAAACCCUAACAGAAGAUGUGAUUACUCGAGCAGCAUUCGGUAGCAGCUAUGAAGAUGGCAAAGCCAUUUUCAAGCUCCAAACUCAACAAAUGGUUCUCGCCGCCGAUGCAUUCCAGAAGGUUUUCAUCCCUGGUUACAGAUUUCUACCAACGAAGAGAAACUUAAAUUCAUGGAAAUUCGACAAGGAAAUAAAGAAAUCUUUGAUAAAGCUGAUAGACAAGAGGAAAGAGAAUUCUACUUCUACUUCAUCAUCAUCGUCUUCUUCAGGAAACAACAACAACAAAAUGGAAGAGAAAAGUCCGAAAGAUUUGCUGGGGUUGAUGAUUCAGGCAUCGGAAACCAACAACAAUAUCACAGUGAAGGACAUAGUGGAAGAGUGCAAGAGCUUUUUCUUUGCAGGCAAACAGACCACAUCCAACCUGCUGACGUGGACUACGGUUCUAUUGGCGAUGCACCCUCAUUGGCAGGUACAGGCACGUGACGAGGUGCUGAGGGUUUGUGGAGCACGUGACAUACCCACCAAGGAUGAUGUUGUAAAGCUUAAGACGCUGUCCAUGAUUCUCAAUGAAUCACUGCGGUUAUACCCGCCCACGAUUGCCACAAUCAGAAGGGCGAAAACCGAUGUGGAACUAGGGAACUACAAGAUCCCACGCGGGACCGAGCUUUUAAUUCCAAUCCUAGCCGUUCAUCAUGAUCAAGCCACAUGGGGAAACGAUGCGAAUGAAUUCAACCCGGCCCGAUUCUCUGAAGGUGUGGCCCGAGCCGCAAAACACCCGGUUUCUUUCAUUCCGUUUGGGCUUGGAGUCCGAACCUGCAUUGGGCAGAACCUGGCUGUAUUGCAAGCCAAGUUGGCUCUUGCAAUCAUACUUCAGCGGUUCUCGUUCAGGUUGGCCCCCACCUAUCAACAUGCCCCAACGGUCCUGAUGCUACUUUACCCUCAAUACGGAGCACCUAUCAUUUUCCAACGCAGUGAUGACCCUGAUGAACAUUAUCAAGGGUCGUGAUGAUCUAUCACUAUCCUUUUAAGGGUGUACGACUGGUUUUUGUUGUGCGAGUGAGCAUAGUAUUUUGCCAUAUAUAUAUAUAUAUAAAAAAUAUAUAUAUAUAUAUAUAUAUAUUAUAUGAGGUGACCAAAAUACCCCCUUUGAAUGGCUUUGUUUGGACCAAGGAAAAAAAAAAAAUGGAUUGCAUAUUUGCAUUCCAUUGUCUGAGCUUUGGCAUUACUGACCCACCCCAUGCCUGUGGUUUUUUACCAGAAGAUAUUAACUCAUGGUUUUUAUUUUUUUAUUUUUUUUUAAUUUGUUUAACUUUUUUUUUGUUUUUAUUUUUUUUUUUGGCGGGUGGGGGGGUAAGGGGGGUCGGGGGUGUUGGGGGAAGAGUUUGGCCUGGGCAUGUAAGCUUUGUUUGGUGAUUUUUAAAUGUAGGGGUAGGAUUUUAGAAAAUGGCUAACAACUAGGUAGCUUUCUCUCUCUGUCUGUCUCACGGUGUAUGUAAUAUGUACAUUCUGAUUAUCAAUCCCUUCCUUCCUUCUUUCCCACCUACACAGUUUUGUAAUCCCCAUUAUGCAUUAAUGAAUUCCCUUUUAAUUGCUUGUUUAUCACUGGACAACUCAUGUUCUCUUUAUUCGAUAUAUAAAAUUCAAUGAAUUUUUUAAUUGAUAUUUAAAAA